GUGUCACGCAUGGACUCCGAAGUGUUGCACAGAGGCUAAAGGGAGGGGAAACUGUCCAAAGCGCGCACCAAAAGCUGAUUGAUCAUAGUUUUUGAGAGCUCUUCCAGAGGUUGGGUUGGAACCGAAAUACCACUCGCUCAGACUUCAGACUUUACCACUCAUUGAAAGUGAUUCGUUUAACUUUUAUUUGUUGUUGUUGCACCUGCCCCGAGGAUACAGCGGUACAUCCGUCUCCUCAUUUGCAGGACCGGGAGGUGGACUUACCAGGCUGCGCUGAGCUCCCCCGCGAAACGCGCCAUGGGAUACGGAGAACCGCUGCUGCUUUUCCCCUGAGCACCUGGACAUUCUGUGGAUUUCUAUUGCGCUGAUAAAUACUAUAUCAUCUAAAGAUUAGAUUAUAUUUACAUGAUUUAAGAAGAUUUUUUUUAACCUUUUUUCGGAAUUAAAAGCCUCCACCGGAGACUGUUUUACUUCAUUUCUAACUCAACGGUUUGAAUUUUGGUGAAGUUGUCAGGAUGGGCUCAUCCGACUGCUGCAAACUGAUCGUUGUCAUCUCGUGCUGUUUGUCACUCACAUAUGGACACCCGGAGAGACCGACCAUUCAGCCGUCUCACAAUCCACUCAUUCUUCAUAAAGGCGACUCUUUAAACCUCACAUGCAGAGGUCAUGGUGCUUUGCACUGGACACUUGGCAAUGCCCAGCGAUCACUCUCAUCGGAGGGGGUGAAGGUGGAACAGUGCGACUCCAAGCGUCACUCUCACUCACACUGCAGCCGCCUGACAGUCACACACCUGAGUGGCAAUGAUACAGGGAGGUACACCUGCAGAUACUCCAAAGCUGGUGCGGACCACAUCACUUCAACCUACGUCUAUGUCGAAGAUCCCGAGCAACCCUUUGUGAAUCCCCAAACUCGUACACCUGAUUUUCUGGGCAUCUUCAGACAUGAGACCAGCAUUGUGAUCCCCUGUCGGACAACCUCCCCUCAUGCUGCUGUAACACUGACAGGGGACCCACACUUGUCAGAGGAGGUCUUGAAGGAAAAGGUAUGGGAUCCAGAGGUGGGGUACAGGAUUCCCUAUGGUCCUGCCGUAUUUUACAGGCUGUUCACCUGUAGCACCGCGGUCAACGGCCGCGAGUUCAGGCUGUCUUACAUCCCUCAGAGACAGAGUCUUGUUCUUAAUAACGUGAAGAUCACACCGAACCGCGUCAGGCUGUUGGUGGGACAGACUCUCGUCCUCAACUGUAGUGGGGAAACCACCUAUAAUGGGAGAAUCAACUUCACCUGGGAUUUUCCAGGGAAGAAAGAAAAUCAUAUUACACACAAGACCAGACACAGGCCCGCUCAGGUUCUACCAAUGAGCAAAAUUUUGGUGUUGCCAAACAUCACCAUGGAGAAUAAGGGAGAGUACCACUGCAAAGCUGAGAUGAGCCCCAUAAAACACAAGAAUGUUACAGCUAAAGUCCUUGUCUAUGAGCAUCCGUUCCUGGACGUCUACUAUAAGCAUGAGCCGCCCAAAGUGACUGUCAAUGGAACGAGGAAAAAGCUCGUGCUUGACCCCAAAGUCGACGCCGUGCCUCCACCAGACAUAGUGGCAUGGUAUAAGGACGGGGUCCUCAUCCAGAAGAAUUCCACUUGUUAUAAGAUGAACGGCUAUAAACUGUCCAUCGCUGAUGUGCAGCAGAGCCACGCUGGUGUUUUCACUCUGAGCCUCGGAAUGCCAGACAAGGGCCUUUACAAGAAUCUGAGCUACACUGUGGUGGUUGAGGUAAAGCCAAGUAUUUCAGAGGCGGAGCUCGCCACCGCGGACGUGCAAUCCUACAUCUUUGGCAAGCAGCAUCAGCUAACCUGCACAGCUGUUGGGUUGCCCUUGCCAAACAUCACUUGGCUCUGGCACCCGUGCGACUUAGAGCAUUCGUCUAUUAAUUGCUCACCUUACACUAGGCCAAUCACGGUCAGCGCUGACAAGGAGAGAAAUGAUCACUACAACUUGAUUAAGGGCAUAAAUGUCAAGAUUGAAGAGGUUAAAGGACAAAACAAGACCAUGAGCACCCUGGUGAUUGGAGAGGCACACGUGUCAGGAAAUUACUCCUGUGUGGCCCAAAAUGUGCACGGCAGGAGCACGAUGACGAUGCCUUUCUACAUUGAUGAUAACCGUGAGGAAAUAGCAGUCGAACCGCGGACUGCCAUCGAGGGGGAAGACAUCACCUUGACGUGUCGCGCAACCCGUUUCCUCUACACCGGCCUGGAGUGGUUGGAUUCCAAAAAUCAAACAAUCAUUUACAACGUGUCUCAACUCCAGCUCAGCCCCUACUCCAUCUCCCUUUCGCUGUCCCUGCGCAAUGUGUCCAGAAACACCAUUAGCGCUUACAAGUGUCAAGCCCACAAGCUCCACAACAGAGUUGAACAGAAGGCCGCCGCGCUCUCUGUGGAGGAGAGGAAACGGCCGUGGCUAAGUCAGAAUCUGACAAAUCAAGAUGUGAACAGUAGCAGCACCUUAGUUCUGCCUUGCUAUGCACAGGGGGUUCCUCGUCCCUACAUCACUUGGUACAAAAAUGGCGUUCCAGUGGAAGAAACUCCAGGCAUCACACUGGGAGAGGACGGGGCUCUGACCAUCGAGAGGGUGAAGAAAGACGACGAGGGUCUGUACGAGUGUGAAGCCAGGAACAAAGACGGUGUCGCGAGAACAAGCGCCGUUAUUACUGUGCUUGGAGACGAAGGGAAGCCAAACGUUGAGGUCAUAAUUUUGGUGUGUACGGGAGCUGCGGCCACCUUCCUCUGGCUCAUGCUUAUCCUCUUCAUUCGCAAGCUGAGGAAGCAACCUGCACACUAUAAGAUGGGCCCGUCUAUUAUAAUUGACCCUGACGAGUAUCCCCUCGAUGAGCAGAAUGACCUUCUACAGUAUGACAGCAGCAAGUGGGAGUUUCCCCGAGACCGCCUGCGACUAGGCAAAACUCUUGGCCACGGUGCUUUCGGAAAAGUGGUUGAAGCGUCUGCCUUUGGAAUCGACAAGCUCUCGACCUGCAAGACUGUUGCGGUCAAAAUGCUGAAAGGAGGAGCUACGUCGAACGAGAGGAAAGCCCUCAUGUCGGAGCUGAAGAUCCUGAUCCACAUCGGCCAUCAUCUGAAUGUGGUCAACCUGCUGGGAGCCUGCACAAAACCUGGAGGACCAUUGAUGAUGAUUGUCGAGUUCUGCAAAUAUGGCAACUUGUCCAACUAUUUGAGGAGCAAGAGAGACGACUUUAUUGUCUGCAAGAACCAGGACGGCAAGGUGGUGUCGUCGGGAUCGGGCUGCGAGCUGAGCGAGCUCAUGAAGCGCCGUUUGGAGAGUGUGGCCAGCACCGGAAGCUCAGCCAGCUCUGGCUUUAUCGAAGAUAAGAGCUACUGCGACUCAGAGGAAGAGGAAGAAGAAUCGGAGGAUUUAUAUAAGAGAGUCCUGACACUGGAAGAUUUAAUUUGCUACAGUUUCCAAGUUGCAAAAGGCAUGGAGUUCUUGGCUUCACGCAAGUGCAUUCAUCGUGAUUUGGCUGCACGAAAUAUCCUCCUCUCGGAAAAUAACGUUGUCAAGAUUUGUGAUUUCGGACUCGCCAGAGACAUCUACAAAGACCCGGAUUAUGUGCGCAAAGGAGAUGCUAGACUCCCUCUCAAGUGGAUGGCGCCCGAGGCCAUUUUUGACAAGAUCUACACGACUCAGAGUGACGUUUGGUCAUUUGGUGUUCUCAUGUGGGAGAUCUUCUCUCUGGGUGCCUCGCCGUACCCUGGUGUCCAGAUGGAUGAAGAAUUUUGCUGCAGGCUGAAAGAAGGGACCAGGAUGAGAGCACCUGAAUAUUCUUCCUCUGAAAUAUACCAGACCAUGCUGGACUGUUGGCAGGGUGAGCCGCAACAGAGACCAACCUUCACUGAGCUGGUGGAGAGACUGGGAGACCUGCUUCAGGCCAGCGUUCAGCAGGAGGGUAAGCACUACAUACCCAUCAACACAGAAUUGCUAGCGAAGGUGGGAGAGCAGACUGCCACGUCGCCAACGGAGGAGACAUCCACACGACCAGUCUCACAACGUGACUCCGGGAGCUCCUGGAACAUCAAGAUCCGUCCCGCUAGCGUAAAAACCUUUGAUGAGGUUACCAUGGAGAAUGGGACAAAUGAGAAUCAUGGGGGUCAUACGGACAGCGGCAUGAGCCUUUCGUCUGACAACGUGAAGACGCUGAUGUGCCUCGAAUCGUUGGCGGGCCGACCUCUGAGCAUCAUGGCUCUGGCGAUGAAGGCGGUGAGUAAGAGCAAAGAGUCUGUGCUGGCUGAUUCAGAGAAGGAGAAAUUCCCACCCACGGUUCCCCCGUUAGACUUCAGUCUGGACGACUCGGCUCUGGAUGCUGACCUGGAGUGUCACAGCCCACCGCCCGACUACAACUAUGUGGUGCGCUACUCCACCCCUCCUGUGUAACCUCCUGUUCGGCCCCUGGAGACUCCGUGACUGACGGCCUCAAGGCCUUUGUUCCCCUCUGUUUUGACUCUUAUCUCCGGACUGUUCUGUAGCAACGUUUGAGAGGAAAACCUGAGAUUCGAUCUGAAAGUGUUUAGAAAGGACGCUCAUGAAUCACCUCGACUGUAGCUCCCGUGUCGUCAAACUUCCAGAGCGUCCGGGGCCGUGCGACAAAAGGAAACCCGUUGAUUCCUCUCCAGACUUCAGGCGUAGGUUAAUGCUGCUGGUCCGUUCCACUUUCACUGUGAUGGUGUGUCAGACAGCUGAAAACAGGCUCAGGUAUCUCUUUGAUCUACUGUGAAACAAACUGCAAGAUUCCAACUUUAGCACAGAUCUGAUAGUAAAAUCUGUUUUGAUGAUUUUAAGUGAAAAUAUAAUUUUAAAUGUGGAAGAGAACCUCUUGUGAAGGUGUAUUUUGGUUCAAAGCAAAAAAAAAAAAAAAAAAAUGUAAUGUAAUGUCAUAAAAACAAUUAGCUCAACUAACUCAGGUUGACCCAAAGUGGUGAAGGAGAGGAGGUCUCUGUGCUGCGUGGAUGUUUUUAAGCUCUCUUAGGUUUUGGAAAGUCAGAAUUUAAUGGUGAAAACAGGGUAGAGCUGAGAGAAAGAACAGACAGCUUCAGAUUGAAUGCGAACAGAGAAAGCGUUUAAAGGAAGACUGUAGAUGUUGGCUCCUCUUCCCGCCCCAGUAUUGAAAGAACACUGUGUCAUUUCUGUCCGGUCAAACUAAAACCCAGAUUUGUGUAUUUACUUGUGUACAGAUUUAGAUAGAAGCUGAGAUAACAGCGGCAUAGAAACUGUUUAUUCAAAGAGCACUAGUAUUUAUACAGGUUAUAAACACUGUCACUUAGUCAGCUAGUUCUGUUGUUCAUUUAGAUUCAUUUUUAAAUUUAACCAAAGGACUAUUUUUUUUUUGUUUUUGUUAGCUCAGUCUUCCUCAACAUGUAAUGUCAUGCCAGUGUUUCAUUCCACACUUAUAUGCUGCUGGUGCUGCUGUGUUCACUGAUAAUAAAGCUUUGGGUUUCUGCAGACGUAGCUAAGUUGGACAGUCUUGGUGCAAGUGGAGCUCAGAGCGCAGGCUGCAGGAACAUGUAAAAUCAACAUUCUGACACAGGAUGUGCUCAAAGCUCCAGCCGCGUUUCUAUUAGCUCACUCACCCCUGUAGAAAUGCAGCUAGCUUGUGUUUGUUGACCACUAAAAAAAUAAACUACAGUGUACAGUGGAUAUUUUUUGAUUUGACUUCCCAAUGAUGUUUUUGUUUGUGACCCAUUCUUUUUUUUAUGUGGAGGUGGAGUGAUUAUGCACUGAUACUAUAUAUUAGGUCUUUAUUUUUAAAGGUAUGUUAUUAUUAUUAUUAUUAUAAAAGGGGGUCACGUGUUACACGGAUUUCUGAUUUUAUUUGUUCUUUUUAUUUAACUCCUGUCUGUAGUGCAUCGUAUGAAAUUAACCGUCUCAGUAUUUGUUGUCUUAUUUCUCGCCAGGCAAAUAUCGCUAUUGUUUGAUUUAACGUUUUAUAUGUGUGACAUUUCAGCUACUUCAGUUUCUGCCAUGUGAAUGUUAGAAUUUACCACAUUUCUUUAUGAAUAACUUUGACUAAUAAUUCCUGCAGCAACCUAAACUUUACUUCUCUCUGCUUCUUUGCUGUUUGUGUAGCGUAACAAGUUAAUGAAAGUAAUGUUUCCCAACACUGUUAACUGAGUGUAUGACGUAACGAAAUGAAUAAAGAUCUAUAUAUUUAUACUUUA